UCAGAGAGUCCUGCAGAGGAGGAGGCAAACAAUGAACCUAGGGAUGAGUUGCCUCCUGAUGAGCAUGUACCAGGGGAGGAUCCUCAGCCAGCCGGGCUGACAGGCUUGUUUGUGGAAAAGCCGGAGAGUGUCACAGCAACAAAAGGCAAUGACAUCAAGUUUGUGGCUAAAGUGGACUCCUCGAGCUUAACGAGGAAGCCGGUCAUGAAAUGGCUGAAGGGGAAGUGGCUUGACCUUGGUAGCAAAGCCGGAAAGCACCUGCAAUUUAAAGAGUCUUAUGACAGGAACACCAAGAUCUACACUUACGAGAUGAGCAUCAUCAAAGCAGUAGAGGCGGACGCAGGUGGCUACCGCUGCGAGGUCACCUCCAAAGACAAGUGCGACAGCUGCACAUUUGAAGUCUCCGUGCAGGCGGCACAAGAGGAGCAGCAGGACAACAUCUUGGAGGCAUUUAAGCGAUCUGGAGAUGCAGAUGAAGAUGCUGGGGACCUCGACUUCAGUGCACUGCUCAAGAAAAGGCAAAAGAAGCGUGUGCAGCAAAAAGAGGAAGUGGAUGUGUGGGAAAUCCUUAAGGCAGCCAAGCCGUGCGACUAUGAGAAGAUUGCCUUUCAGUAUGGCAUCACAGACCUAAGGGGCAUGUUGAAGAGGCUGAAGAAGAUGAAGAUGGAGUCCAAGAAGAGUGACGCUUUCCUCAUGAGGCUGGAUUCAGCAUACUCGGUGGAAAAGGGCAAGAAGAUCCAGAUCAGCGUGGAAGUAGCUGACCCCGACGCUCAAAUCCAGUGGUUCAAAAACGGACAGGAAAUCAAACCAUCAGCCAAGUAUGUGUUUGAGAGCGUGGGCAACAAGCGGACUCUCACUAUCAACAAGUGCAACCUCUCGGAUGACGCAGAGUACGAGUGCAGGGUUGGGGAGGAGAAGUGCAACACAGAGGUUUUUGUCAAAGAGCCACCAGUCACCAUCACCAAGCUGCUGGAUGAUGUCCUCACUGUCGUGGGUGAGAAGGUGGAGUUUGAGGUGGAGGUGUCCGAGGAAGGAGCCCACGUCAAAUGGAUGAAAGAUGGAGUUGAACUGAACAGAGAAAAUGCAGGUUCAAAGUACAGGUUUAAGAAAGACGGGAGGAGGCACAUUUUGAUCAUAAAUGAAGCGACUAAGGAGGACAUCGGGAUGUACUACGCCUUCACCAAUGGUGGAGAGUCAAAAGCAGAGCUUGAGGUUGAAGAUGCGGAGCUGGAGGUUCUGCAGAGCAUAGCUGACCUGACAGUAAAGUCUGCUGAACAGGCCGUAUUCAAGUGUGAAGUGUCUGAUGAGAAAGUGACGGGAAAAUGGUUCAAGGACGGCGUCGAAGUGAUCGCCAGCGAUCGUAUCAAAAUGACACAUAUUGGAAGGGUCCACAAGCUGACAAUUGAUGAUGUGAAGUCUUCGGACGCUGGAGAUUACACUUUCGUCCCUGACGGCCAUGCACUGUCUCUCUCUGCAAAACUCAACUUCCUGGAGAUCAAGAUUGAUUAUGUUCCCCGACAAGAUCCUCCCAAAAUCCACCUGGACACCAGUGGCGGCAACAAGAACACCAUUACUGUGGUGGCUGGAAACAAACUCCGCCUUGACAUCGAUAUCACAGGAGAACCGGCGCCCACAGUGUGCUGGAUGAAAGAAGACAACGUGGUGUCUGAGACAGAGGGACGAGUCCGCGUGGAGUCGAGGAAGAAUCUGAGCAGCUUUGUAAUAGAGGGGGCGGAGAAAGGCGAUGAAGGCCUCUACUCCAUCACUGUGACCAACCCUGCUGGAGAGGACAAGGCUGAUGUCUUUAUCAGGGUCGUGGAUGUGCCCAAUCCUCCUGAGAAUGUCAAAUGCGUAUCAAUUGGCGAGGACACUGGCACGAUCACAUGGGAUCCUCCUCCAUAUGACGGCGGCGUUCCUAUUAAAGGGUACCUGAUGGAGAGGAAGAAGGUGGGCUCAUCCAGAUGGACCAAGCUCAACUUUGAUGUUUAUGAGUCCACCACAUACGAGGCUAAGAAGAUGAUUGAAGGUGUACUUUAUGAGAUGAGAGUGUUUGCAGUCAACGGCAUCGGUGUCUCACAGCCCAGCGCUACCUCAAAGCCCUUCAUGCCCAUCGCCCCCACCAGUGAGCCCACUCGUCUCAUGGUGGAUGAUGUGACAGACACUACCUGUGCACUCAAGUGGCUUCCUCCAGAGAAAAUCGGCGCAGGAGGCAUCGAUGGGUACAUCAUCGAGUACUGCAAAGAAGGAAGUGACCAGUGGGUGCAGGCCAAUGAGGCACCAGUGUCUAAAACCCAGUACAGAGUGAAGGAUCUUCCAGUGGGAGAGAAGAUGCUCUUCAGAGUUACAGCUGUAAACAUUGCUGGCUGCAGUCCCCCUGCCACGACCGCCCAGGCAGUCACUAUCAGAGAGAUCGUGGAAAACCCAAAGAUCCGCCUGCCUCGACAGCUGAGGACCAAGCUCAUCAAGGUUGUGGGCGAGAAGGUGAACCUGGUCAUCCCCUUCCAGGGUAAACCUCAUCCCAUCGUGACCUGGUUCAAAGAUGGCGUUCCCCUAGAAGACAAAUCGGUGAGCAUUCGUACCAGUGGCCUGGACACCAUCCUCUUCAUCCGUUCAUCACAGAGAACCCACUCUGGAAAGUACACCCUGUCUGUUCAGAUUGAGAACAUGUUGGACAACGCCGACAUAUUCAUUCAGAUAGUAGAAAAGCCUGGUCCUCCCAUCGAUGUGCGUGUCACAGACGUGUGGGGUUUCAACGCCGCGCUGGAGUGGAAGCCGCCCAAAGACGACGGCAACUGCGAGAUUAUCGGCUACACAAUUCAGAGGGCUGACAAGAAGACUAACGAGUGGUUUUUGGUCUACGAGCACAACCGCAGGCCCAACUGCACCGUGUCGGACCUGGUCAUGGGGAACGAGUAUUCCUUCCGAGUGUACGCUGAGAACAUCUGUGGCCUCAGCGACGAGCCUGGCAUGAGCAAGAACACUGCCUUCAUUGCCAAAACAGGUUUGCAGUUUAACCCUGCACCCUUCAUGGAGCAAGACAUGAGCAGAUCCCCCAAGUUUACAGCUCCCCUGGUGGACAGAAGUGUUAUUGCAGGUUACACCACUGCCAUCAGCUGCUCCGUCCGUGGAUGCCCCAAGCCAAAGAUCGUUUGGAUGAAGAACAACAUGAUCAUCGGUGAAGACCCCAAGUACCUGAUGAUGAACAACCAGGGUGUGUUGACUUUAAAUAUCCGCAAGCCAAGCUUGUUCGACGGGGGCAGAUACUCCUGCAGGGCCAUCAAUGAUCUUGGGCAGGAUGAGGUGGAGUGCAAGAUUGAAGUUCGAGCACAGCUACAAGAGAAAAAAGGGGAGUCGAAGAAAUGAGCGACAGCACAAAACUGCGGAGGAUGCAGCCAAACAGGAAUAGUAGUAGAUUAUGUCUAACAGGAUAGUCAUGAAUAAAUAUGAUUAGAAUAGAUCACUGGUGAGAUUUUAAAGCCAAUCCCCCUUCCUAUACGCAUGCCUUUCCCCACUGCUUUGAUUAAUGCCACAUCAGUAAAAGGCUAUAAAUUCGUAAUUCUUACAGCAAGCUGCCACCUUGUCACUUCCUGACUGAGAGGCGCCACAGAAUAGUGUAGUAGCGCUGCCCCACUGUGACCACACACAGAUGGAUCCUUCUUAUCUGUGAAGUGGACCUGUCACUGAGCACACUUAUAAAACAGCCUUUCAUCCA